GAGGAAUAUAUUGAGAUGUUCAUUUGCACGUUCCUUUUGUUUAAAGAAUCAUCGUCGUCAUCAUCGGUUCCGAACACGAACUACGUGGUGCCACAAGACAAGGCUUCGUCUUGCAUUACUCAUCCCUUGGCCGAGAUCCUACGUGACCUGAACAAGAGAAUUCCUGAUAACAGCAUCAAAGCAGGUAAUAAUGAUGAUCACUCCACCUUUAUCACCUGGUACCAUGCUAACCGGAUGUUGAGCUUCUACGCUCCAGGCUGGUGCGGGGAAGUACGAGAUGUCAUUUUCUCAGAUAACAGAAGUGUGAGUGUUUAUCGUGUCACUAUACGCGGAUCAGAUGUAGAGGCACACCGUGAAUCAACUGGAACAGUAUCACAAGGCAGUGGACAGUACACAGAUGUGGUUGCUGCUGCUGAGGAGAUAGCAUUUUGCAGAGCAUGUGCUCGUUUCGGGCUUGGCUUGUAUCUGUAUCAUUAAUAAGAAUAGU